ACUUGUCUUGAAGCGCAAUCCAAAUUCUCUGGUUAAGCCAAAGUGCUAUAUAAUAUAUAAGCUUAUAUAUGACACAAGCACACCAGAGUAAGGUUUUAGAGCACUCGAAACGUAGCGUGUCUGUGCUUCCCUUGUUAGGUGACUCAAUGACCCACGAGUGUUUGUGACUUCAAAGGUGGAAAAGAGGGAAAGAGAGAGAGAGAGAAGAGAAAAAAGAGAGCGCUCCAUUCCAUUUUUCAAGGAAUCAAGGAAAUGCCGCAGCUGGGCAUCUGUUGUGGAGCAAGGCGACGGAGGCAAUCAUCGGGCAGUGGUUGUGUAGCGCUUGGGGGUGAAGAUCCAAACAGAGUUUUAUAAAAGGAGACUACUUGCUUUUAGCUGCUGCUUUUUGACCCGUGGCGCCCCAGAUAUAAAAACCACAAGGAGGAUUUGGAGGACUUGCGCCCCUCGAGCGAUCGUCGUCAUGGGGAGAGCUCCUUGCUGCUCCAAAGUUGGACUCAAUCGAGGUCCCUGGACGCCGGAAGAAGACAUGCUACUCACCAAGCACAUCGAGCAGCACGGCGAAGGCAACUGGCGGGCACUUCCAAAAGCCGCAGGACUCCUGCGCUGUGGAAAGAGCUGCCGGCUGCGAUGGGUGAACUACCUCCGACCAAACGUGAAAAGGGGCAACAUUUCGGAGGACGAAGAAGAUCUCAUCAUAAUGUUACACGCUCUUCUGGGCAACAGGUGGUCGCUCAUCGCGGCUCGGAUGCCCGGGCGGACAGACAACGAGAUCAAAAACUACUGGAACACGCACCUGAGCAAGAAGCUGGCCAGCCGGGGAUUGGAUCCCAAGACCCACAAGCCCCUCGUCGCCAAAUCCUCGCCCAAUUCCCCGACCAAGAAGGGGGAUGACAACUCCAAUUCCCCCUCGUGCCACAGCAGGGGCGAUGAUCCGCAGGAGGCGUGGGAGACGACCAUGGAUUUGGACACGAGCUCCUACAGCACUGGCUCGUGCGAGGAGUCCUGCGACGAUCGCGACCGGCGCACAGAGUGUCAACCGCCCAAAGUGUGUGCUCGAUUGCACAGGAAACGCAAAAUGCCUGUUCUUGGGGACCUUGCCAAGGAGAAGAGUGCCUCCCCUGUUUUGAGCGCAGGCAAAAUUGGUGGCGGAGCCACAGAAUCAUCAUCGCUAUCAGUGGGGCAGGAAGAAGAGCGAGAGCAAGAUCUCCAAAACACCACCAAGUUUAACUACCCAUCGCCUUCCUCGGUCUUCAAUCUUUACUCUCCCUCGCCCUCGCCCUCCAAUUCCCACUCCGCCUCCGCCUCCAACUGCGAUUCGCCGACAACAAUCUCCAAAUCCAACACCGCCAGCAGCUCCCAGGAUCUUGGCCAAGCUCCUCCGCUUGUGAGCACCAGUCAACACACGGUGGACUGGAACGAUCACGAGCAGCAAUUCCAGCUGCGCAGUCAAGUCCAGAUGCUCGAGUUCAUCGACGAUUUCCUGCUGCGAAAGGAUGACGUGAUCGUCGCCGGCGGGGAUUUGUUCAAGGAGGAUUGUAGCGGUGAUCAGUUUUGGGACUCGCUGGGAAAGAUCGAGCUCCCCGACUGUUCUUCCGUGUGCCAAUCCGAUUUGUGGGAUGGUCUCACAGAAUUCGCAUCCAAUUCCACCACGCAAGUGGUGCCACCUUCCUCCUCUCCCCUUCCAGUCGCGGAUGGGAUCCUCCCCAUGAUCAUCGCCUCCACAUCCCCCUCUAAUUCUUCUUCCUCGUCCUCCUCGCUUGCUGCCACUCAGGUGAACUUCCUCCACGACGAGCUCCUCUUUGGCUAGUCGUGUACAUACAUAUAUAUCCCUCUCGCUCGCUCACGCAACCAUCUCCCUCUAUCUUUUCGUCCUUGAUCUUCUUCUCCUUCUUCGUCUCCAAGAUCUCUUUCAUUCCUCCCUGUACAUUGUACGAUUUUGUGGAGUCACCGAGGAUCAAUCUCCGGGCGAUCAACCAAUACUGCUGCUAACGGUUUUUCAUUUCACGCUUGUCUCUGCCUGUGGGUCAUUACAUACGUCUACGUAGAUAGAUACAACACAGCUCUAAAGGGAGGAGGGAAAACCCAAAAUCUCCCAAAGCAACAAAGCAACGUUUCACAAAAACAACAGCAACAAGUUGGCUGGAGGUAACAAAACAAGACUGAAGAUCUUUUGGUCAUGUUCUUGUGCAUUUGCAAGUUGCAAGCUACACACAAUAGAUGGAACACUUUAAAAGCAGAGAAUUCAAUGAGAGACACAGAUUCGAUGGGUCGGGAGCUCUGGCAAGAUCUUUGAUCUCAAGUUCUCAACGUGGUGGUCGUUUCUUGUGUUUUCUUGUUUCGUCGGCGACAAUUACAUGAUGUUUCAUUCAAGAUCUUUUAGCUGGGCAUUCCAAGGAAGAAGCUCUAGUGCUGUUUUCUUGUACAAAAGCUCUAAGUUGUCUAAACUAAAAUCGAAGUGGGUUUGUUGAUGGAUGUGGAAUAAAAACUUUGCUUGCUCCUUGUGUGA